AUGUCACUGGUUGGUAUUGACUUCAAAGCUCCACUUCGGGAGGUAAAAAGGGUGCAGUUUGGAAUUCUUAGUCCAGAUGAGAUUAAGCGUAUGUCUGUGUGCCAAAUAGAAUUUCCAGAAGUGAAAGAAAAUGGAAAACCAAAAUUUGAAGGACUUAAUGAUCCUAGACAAGGCGUUAUUGAAAAGAGAGGAGUUUGUAUUACAUGUGCAGGAAGUUACAACGAAUGCCCAGGACAUUUUGCUCAUUUGGAGUUGGCUAAGCCAGUUUAUAAUAUAAUUUUUAUUGCAAAGACUUUAAAGGUUCUUCGUUGUGUUUGUUUUUACUGCAGUCGAUUACUUGUUGAUAAAGAUGAUGUUCGAAUUAAAGAAAUUAUUAAGAAAACUCAACAUAAUAUGCGAGCGUGUAUUACAUUAGUCUAUGAUGUUUGUAAAUCAAAAAAUGUGUGUGAGGGUGCCGAAGAAGUAACUAAUCCUGAUGAUGAUGAGACAGUUGAAAAGGAGACUAAAGUUGGUGGAUGUGGACGUUAUCAACCAUCUUACAAACGUGUUAGAGGUAUUGAAAUUGAAGCAGAAUGGAAAAAGCACGUUAAUGAAGAUACGCAGGAAAGGAAGAUUCAACUGACUGCGGAGAGAACUCUAGAAAUUUUUAAAGGAAUUUCUGACGAGGACUGCGAAGUUCUUGGGAUGAGUCCAGAAUUCUCUAGACCAGAUUGGAUGAUAUGUCAAGUGCUUCCUGUUCCUCCUUUAGCUGUCCGACCUUCUGUAACGACUUUUAGUUCGAUUACCAGUCAAGACGACUUGACAUAUAAAUUGGCUGAAAUUGUUAAGGCAAAUAUUCAAUUAAAACGAAACGAAGCGAACGGUGCAGCUUCGCAUGUACUCGCCGAGGAUGUAAUUUUGUUGCAAUACCAUGUUGCCACAAUGAUUAAUAACAGUAGUCCUGGACUUGCAGUUGCACAUCAAAAAGGCGGUCGCCCUAUAAAAUCUAUAAAUCAGCGCCUUAAAGGCAAAGAAGGACGUAUUCGUGGAAAUCUUAUGGGCAAGCGUGUUGAUUUUUCUGCUCGAACAGUCAUUACGCCUGAUCCAAAUUUGCCUAUUGAUACUGUGGGCGUGCCGAGAAGUAUCGCUCAGAACUUAACAUUUCCUGAAAUUGUGACGCCAUUUAAUAUUGAACAUCUUCAAAAGCUCGUUGAAUGUGGUGACCGUGAUUAUCCUGGUGCCAAAUAUAUUAUCCGUGAUAAUGGUGCUAGAAUUGACUUGCGUUUUCAUCCGCGUCCCGCAGAUUUACACCUUCAAUAUGGUUACAAGGUUGAACGUCACAUGCGAGAUGGCGACAUUAUUGUCUUUAAUCGUCAACCAACAUUACACAAAAUGUCAAUGAUGGGACAUAGAAUUAAAGUUCUUCCUUGGUCUACUUUUCGUAUGAAUUUGUCUGUUACAACACCUUAUAAUGCUGAUUUUGACGGAGAUGAAAUGAAUUUGCAUUUACCUCAAUCAUUGGAAACUCGUGCGGAAAUUAGCGAAAUUGCAAUUGUACCCAAACAGUUAAUUACUCCGCAAGCAAACAAACCCGUCAUGGGUAUUGUGCAGGAUACUCUUACUGCGGUUAGAAUGAUGACAAAAAGAGAUGUUUUUGUUGAAUAUCCACGUUUGAUGGAUUUAUUAAUGCAAAUGCCUACAUGGGACGGAAAAAUACCUCAACCUGCAAUUAUUAAACCAAAACCUUUAUGGACUGGGAAGCAGAUUUUUUCUAUGAUUAUUCCUGGAACUGUAAAUGUUGAACGAACGCAUUCAACGCAUCCAGAUGACGAAGAUAGCGGCCCUUAUAAAUGGAUCUCACCAGGAGAUACAAAAGUUUUAAUUGAAAAUGGUGACCUAAUUUCUGGCAUAGUUUGUGCGAAAACAGUUGGCCGUGGUUCUGGAAAUCUACUUCACAUUGUUGCGUUGGAGCUUGGUCAUGAAAUUGCUGCUAAUUUUUAUUCGCAUAUACAAACUGUAGUCAAUGCUUGGUUGUUAGGCGAAGGCCACACAAUUGGAAUUGGUGACACAAUCGCCGAUCAAGCCACUUAUCGCGACAUUCAAGAGACUAUUAGAAAAGCCAAACAGGAUGUAAUCAACAUUAUAGAAGAUGCUCACAAUGACAAAUUGGAGCCGACAGCUGGAAAUACUUUGAGGCAAACCUUCGAGAAUGCUGUUAACCGUAUACUGAACGAUGCUCGAGAUAGAACUGGCGCAUCUGCACAAAAAUCACUUUCUGAGGCUAACAAUUUUAAGUCUAUGGUUGUAGCCGGUUCUAAGGGAUCAAAAAUUAACAUUUCACAAGUAAUUGCUUGUGUCGGUCAGCAAAAUGUUGAAGGGAAGCGAAUUCCUUUUGGGUUCCGUCAUCGAACACUUCCACAUUUUAUUAAGGACGACUAUGGCCCAGAAUCUCGUGGUUUUGUUGAGAAUUCAUACUUGGCUGGUCUCACACCAUCUGAAUUCUUUUUUCACGCAAUGGGUGGACGUGAAGGAUUGAUUGAUACAGCUGUUAAAACUGCUGAAACCGGUUACAUUCAACGUCGUUUGAUUAAAGCUAUGGAAAGUGUAAUGAUUAACUAUGAUGGAACUGUUAGGAAUUCUGUCGGGUAUAUUUUUAUAUUUUUAUUUGAAUUAUUUCGUCAGUUCUGUAAUGCAAUUACGUUAUGGUGA